AUGAAGAAAGUACGGCAAUUCUUCUCCCCAUCUAAGGAAAACAGUCCAAACUCGGGGCAAAGUGGCCCAGCCGUCAAAAGAGGAAAUUUCAAUCAGAUCCCUACUGCAAAGGAUGUAGUUUCGGGCAUUUUCAGAGAUGUCGGAGCCUACUUUACCUUUGGUUUGCCACCACCAGACGAGUUGGUUGCCAGACGGACAACCAACCCAACAGGUUCGACUCAUACGAACGAAAGGCAAGCCAUAUCGCGCCGGCAUGUCACUUUGUGUCAAUGUCAGAUUUCCCUAGCGCAAAACCGUAGUGCCGGGUGCAAACGACCACAUAACGAGCAUACCGCCAACGGUGUCAGCUUCUUGCCAGCCCCCUUUUGGACCCAACCACUCCCAGCCGACUUGUGCCGAGCUACCGUCCACAUCACGCCUUCGCUAGGUACUCUAGCCCUCACCGGCACUGGGACAGCACCGCCGCAGCCGCAUCACGACUCUCAACCGUCUUUGCUAGCCGCCUGGAUGGCCGCCUCAGCCAGGGUGACCGAGUAUGUUGGCUGGACCCCUGAAGAAAUAGAGAUCGAUGGCGACGAAAGCCUCCUUGCUGAAGCCCUACUCGAAGACCGGCUGUGUGUGAUCAGCGACGGUUCUUAUAAGCUCGGUCUGGGCACGGCAGCGGUUCAACUGCUUCCACGUAAAGGUGGCAAGGCACAUAAUAUUGUUCCGUGCCAGACUCCGGGUCUACCUGAGGAUCAGAGCGCGUACCGGAGUGAAUUACUUGGCCUACUGGCCGGUAUCAUGGUUGUUGAUUGGCUCCUGGACCAGUGGGCCCCAACACUUCGAUCACCACCCCGCGUUAGGAUUGCGUGCGAUGGAUUUUCGGCGUUGCUCAACACCUUUGGUGACAAUCGAGUCACACCGCAACAAGCCCAGUUUGACCUGGUCUCCUCUAUCCGGGAGGCACUUGCCCGCUCUAGGGCCUCGUGGGAACCUAGCCACGUGUACGGUCACCUUGAUACGGCGACAUCCUUUUCGUGCCUCUCUUGGUGGUCCAAACGGAAUGUGGAAGUGGAUGCGUGGGCGGUUGCCUAUCGCCACCAGCUCGAAGCUUCACACCGAUUGAUUGCACCUAACGCUCGUUUCUUUACCGAAUUGGCUGCCCUCUACAUCGGGGACGUCAAACAGUCGCGAUUGAAUCCAGAACAGGUCCAGGAACUGGUGGCGCUGCCUGCUCUACGCAAGCAAUGGCAUGAGCGGCAGACGAUUACACCAGAGGCAGAACUAGAGACUGAUUGGACCAGUCUGGCUCGCGCCAUGAGCUCCCUUCCGGCAGGUGUCCAACGUUGGAUCACAAAGCACGUCGUGGGGAUGUGUGGUGUAGGGAAGUUCAGAGUCCGGUGGGGUUCCGCCGACUCAGCUGCGUGUCCCUGCUGUGGCGAGUUUGAGGACCACCUUCAUGUUCCUCGAUGUAUGGCGCCCUCGGCGAGUGCGGAAUGGGAGCGCCGGACGGCGACGUUGGACCAAUGGUUGGACAACCAAGUCACUGACCCAGCCAUCAAACACGCUAUCCUCUACCUUUUUCAAGGGGUUUGUGAUCCGUCCCUACCUCGCAGUCGGUUGGUUCCGGUUCGUCUUCGCCGCGCUUUCCUCUCCCAACAACGCAUCGGCUACCAAGGUUUAUUGGAAGGCCGGCUGUCUGUUCAGUGGGCGGCCCUGCAGGAACAGUACCUUCAGUCACGAGGGAGCCAACGCUCUCCGACCCUGUGGGUCUCUCGCCUGUCGCAUCAGCUGAUCUUGCUUGGAUUUCAUAUGUGGGAACACCGGAACUUGGUGCAACAUUCGGAGGACAACGUACAGCUACGCGAACGUAGCCAAUUGGUGAACGACGGUAUACACUCUCAGUUUGAUAUGGGCCCAACUGACCUCCCCAAGGUAGUUCAACGCAUGCUCGCCGUGAAACGCCAAACCGUGUUGAACAAGCCGUUGGUCGAUAGGGAAGAGUGGCUGAAGCUGGUUAGAAUGGAGCGCACGGCCUAUCGCCGCGCUCUGGCGCCCCAACGCCGUAUCCUUCACCGCUUCUUCCACCCGGCCCAGGCCCCCUAA